AUGGAACUUCUCAUACCAUAUUAUUAUGAUCAGCAUUAUACUGUUACUAAAAUGAGAACCGAUCGUAAUUCGGGAACCAUUGAUUAUAAAAGUAAAGCGAAUAAUGAAUCCUUAAGAAAGCUCAUUAUAUGCAACUGUUGCUCCAAUCCAGUUGUAAUAUCCUAUAAUUCAGAGGACUGCAUAACUAAUAUUACUCCAGAUUCAAACUUAUCUCGGUUGAAUCAUAAUCUUCUCAUACAUAAUUUAUUUUGUAAAGAGUGCAAUAGCUUGGUUGGUUACAAAAUUGCAAGUUAUAACCUAAAUUUACUAGAUAUAUCGCCCGAUCCCACAUCAAUAUUGAUACCACAACAGUCCAUAUCACAAUCAGAUUCUCAUUUAUCACAUCAGUUACAUUCAUAUAAUACAGUUUCACCUUCGAAACAAUCUUCAGUUGAAUCUCAAUGUUCUUGUGAGGAAGAUGAGUUAACAAAGUUUAAAAAUAACUUAUUUAAAAUAGAACAAAAUGUCAAUGCAAGAGUAGAACUACUAGAUCGGUGCAAUUAUGUUCAGAAUAAUGAACUGCUAGUAGGAAAAUCAUUCUUGUUUAUAUCCAGAGUAACAUGUAAUUAG